AGGUUGAAGGGAAACAAUAAAAUAAUAAAAUAUAUAAAACAAAAUUCUCACGACGUUUCGACUACAACACAAGCAGUCAUCAUCGGAUGCAUGCGGGAGCCAAUCACGCGCGGGGAGCUUAACCAAUCGCCUUGACGGAACAGCAGGCGACGUUUUAGGCAAUGACCCUUGUUCAGAGCACGUAAAAUGUAGAAGCCGGAGAGAAGUGGAUAAUAACGCGUUGGAGACUUGAACUUUACUCCAUGGGGCCUGGUGAGAAUUAACAUUAAAAAAAACAUUCUGAUGAGCAAUGAUGACAUUGACAUGUUAUUUUUGUCCACUUAAGUCCACACUUUAUAUUCGUAAUUAUAAUUAAUGUAUCGAGUUGUAUUAAUUCUCCUGGACUUGUGUCGGCACGUCACGCGCAGAAAUGUGUUACGCCAGUGACGUCACUUGCACAAAAUUACGUCGACGUUAGUGGUAGUGACGUCACGCGCACAAACGUGCGACGCCUCGGCGAAAUGACGUCACGUGCAGAAUACGUGCGACGUCGCUAGCAAGUGACGUCAGGGGCAGAAACGUUUAACCGUUGGUGGUGAGCGACGUCACGUGUAGAAACGCGUGACGUCGGUGGGCGUGACGUCACGGCCGCGGACAGUGCAACCCGAGAGCGGGCGGCCUCGGAGCUUCGCAGGGCCCCGCGAGCCGAGCGCCUCCACCCCGCGUCUCCGUCUUCGCGUGGUGUGGGUGCAGGACAUGACGUCGCAGCACGAGCGGGUGCUGGAACGCCAGGGAGGUGCCGCCACGCAGGCCGAGCUGGAGGAGGAGUCUGGCGCUGUGGCAGUGGCGGCUGCGCCGGGCUCGUCUCCGGCACGCUCGCCCAGCGAGUCGGAGCCCUGCUCCUCCGUGCUGCAGAGCUUCGCCUCCGACCUCGACACGCAGGACAGCGACUCGGACUCGGAGUUCCCGUCGAUCCCGUCGGCCGUGCCGGUCACGGGGGAGUCGUACUGCGACUGCCUGGGCAGGGUGGAGCCGCCCGCGCGUUUCCCCGGGGCACGCUCCAGCAAGCGCGCCCGCGACUGCCGCUGCGGCGAGGACGACGACCUGUUUGACUGGGUGUGGGAUGACGUGCACAAGUCGGCGGCCGUGGCGCUGGGCUGCGAGAAGCGCGAGGUGAACUUCCACAUGGACUACAGCUGUGGCACGGCAGCCGUGCGUGGCUCGCGGGAGCUCUGCGAGGGGCAGCACUUCUGGGAGAUCAAGAUGACGUCUCCCGUCUACGGCACGGACAUGAUGGUGGGCGUGGGGACGGAGCAGGUGAACCUGGACCGCUACCGCCACAUGUUCUGCAGCCUCCUGGGCAAGGACGACGAGAGCUGGGGAUUGUCCUACACCGGCCUACUGUACCACAAGGGAGACAAGAUGCACUUCUCCACGCGGUUUGGCCAGGGCUCCAUCCUGGGCGUGCACCUGGACACGUGGCACGGCACGCUCACCUUCUACAAGAACAGGAAGUGCCUGGGCGUGGCGGCACGGGGGCUGCAGAACAAGCGCCUCUUCCCCAUGGUGUGCUCCACGGCCGCCCGCAGCAGCAUGAAGGUCAUCCGCUGCCGCUCGGCGCCGACGUCGCUGCAGUUCCUGUGCUGCCUGCGGCUGCGUCAGCUGAUCCCCGCGCACAGCGACGCGCUGCAGGUGCUGCCCCUGCCGCCGGGCCUGCGCCUCUUCCUGCGCAACAACCUGGGCUGGAUCCUGUCGCUAUGCACGCAUGGAGCGCGCGGGGCGGACGACGGGAGCGGCGGCGGCGGCGACGACGGCGGCGGCGGCGGCGACGACGACGACGGCGGCGGUGUUGGGGACGCUGCGGGCGUGGCGCUGGGGGACCAGACCCGUGCAGUGCAACGCAAGAAGUGUCGGCUCAACUAAAACUUUUUUUUUCGUUCCCGCCCCGCACCCAGCACCCACCGACGAACGCGGUGGCGACGCGAGGGCCGAAGAAGGCGUCCCCUUCUCUUCUGUUUAAAAAAAACAACAACAUCUCUGAAGCAUUGGUUUGCAGCAUGCGGACCAGACUGCGAGUGGAAGAGGGGGGGGUGCCCGUGAACUUUGCUAAAUGAACACGCCGUUUACAAUGACGUUUUGCUCAUGGAUGUUUUUAACGUAUAUUUUCUAUUUUUUCAUCUACUUACGGGGUAUUUGGUCUUUCAAUUUGUGUUUUUUCUCAAACUCCAUCUCGCAGCCCCAUUUCCCCCCCCCCCCCCCCCCGUGAUUAACCAACAGGAAUGUUAAAAUGUAAAUAGUGUAAUCUUUAUGUCGUUGACAUUUCUGUCGAAUGGUAGAAAAUGGAACUCGCGUUUGGGGGGGCCCAAAAGAAUGGGUGCCAGAGGGGGGGAACCCCUUGUCCACAGAGUCGCUGCCUUCCUGUUAUCACGUUGUACUCUAAACGCAUUGCAAAAAAUAGACCCCUGCUAGGGUGCACGCGUCAGUGCCAUAUACGUUGACAAUCUAGGUCAUACGCAGCAUCGUUGGAGACCUUGGGGGCAGUUGCCAUCCCCAUUAAGGGGCCUUGAACGACCGAAUUCAAAUACCGUGUCGUUGGAAGCGCAUUGGCUUGCUGCCAGUUGAUUCUUGGUUUAUAAUGUCUGCGUUUUACAGAAUUUAAGUCUUUUUUUUCUUCAACUUUUUGGUCUCAGAACUGAAUACGACGUGUUUAAGCGAGCACCUUUACAGGAUUCCUGUCGCAGCAUUCUCAGAUUAAUUAAUUUCCUCGUUCAAAAUUUCCCAAACUUAAAUUCCGCACAAGCCACUUUUGUGGUUCUUUUAACGUUCAUCAAUCUCCUUCAUUCAAUGCAAGUUGAGUCGUUAAAUGCUGGAUGUGCUCGAUGAUUGGCAGCAAAUUAAUCCGAUAAUAUGCACCGAUUCGAAUUAAGAUAGACCUUUGAAUUUGUACUCCUGUCACCUUGCAGCACACGGCAUGCACUCGAGAUAUCCAUCUUAAUUUAAUUUCGCUCGCAUCGCUAGGGAUGCGGUCUACCAAUCGUCGGGUGCACGAAGCGUGUAAAUGCAAUUUGCAUUUGAAUUGAGGGAUUGGUUAACGAGGAAACGUGUGUGUACUAUAGUUGUGAUGAGGAAAGGAGUUUGGAAAAUCCUGCCCUCUCGUGCAUUUUAAUUGAAAUAAAUGUUAAUUUAUAUGUAA